CAAACUUUCUCGCACAAGUGCACGGACAGUGAGCCGAGCGCACUGUGGCACCACCGCUCACAAGCAUCCUUGCCACCUACCCCCACCUCCCUCCCCCAUCCCUCCAGAUCCCGAGCCAUGGCGUCGUAUCAGCUCUUCUGCAUGGGCAACCCCCUGCUCGACAUGCAGGUCCGCGACGGCGAGGAGAUCCUCAAGAAGUACGGCCUCAAGUCCAACGACGCCAUCCUCGCGGAGGAGAAGCACCUCCCCAUCUACGACGAGCUGGCGGAAAAGUACCAAGUGACCUACGUCGCCGGUGGCGCGUCCCAAAAUGCCGCGCGAGGAGCAGCGUACGUCCUCCCGCCCGGCUCCGUCGUCUACACGGGCUGCGUCGGCGACGACGAGCUCGCAGAGCAGCUCAAGGCCGCGAACAAGCGCGAGGGCCUCGACCAGCGCUACAUGGUCAAGAAGGGCGAGCGCACAGGCGCGUGCGCCGUCACCAUCACAGGCCACGACCGGAGCCUGGUGACCGCGCUGCGCGCAGCGGAGAAGUUCGAGAAGGCGCACCUGAGCUCGCCGGAGGUCGCGCCCUGCAUCGAGAGCGCCAAAGUGUUCUACAUGGAGGGCUUCUUCCUCACGCACGGCAGCGAGUCCGCGCUCGAGCUCAGCAAGAAGGCGUCCGAGGCCGGCAAGGUCUUCGUGCUGAACCUCUCCGCGCCGUUCAUCCCGCAGUUCUUCCAGGUCCAGAUGCAGCAGAUCAUGCCCUACGUCGACAUCGUCAUCGGGAACGAGUCCGAGGCGGAGGCGUGGGCCAUCGCGACGGGCCACCCCGAGCAGAAGGACCUCGCCGCCGUCGCCGCGGCCAUCGCUGCGCUGCCCAAGUCCAACCCUUCGCGCCCGCGCACCGUCAUCAUCACCCACGGGCCGAAGGCGACUACGGUCGUGUCCAGCGCGGACACCGCCUCGCCCAAGGUGUACAGCGUCCUCCCGCUCAAGGACGAGGAGAUCGUCGACACGAACGGCGCGGGCGACGCGUUCGCGGGUGGUUUCCUCGGCGCGUACGUCCUCGGCAAGAGCCAGGACGAGUGCAUCGAGGCGGGCCACAAGCUUGGCUCGAUGUGUGUGCAGCAGGUCGGCCCGCAGUACAAGUGGCCGAAGGUCGACAUCUUCGCGUAACCGGAAGAUCACUGACUGCCUAUUCACGGUUCUGUAUGUUACGUGGUACGCUCUCAACAGCGAUGCUUUGUACUAUAACGUCAUGUGCUUUCGUUCGCAUUAGUAGCAUGUAGAAUAUCGAGUCAACCAUCGUUAUAUCUGUAGCCGCACACUUGUCCC